AACCUGAGAGAGGAGAGAGAUCAGUCAUUCAGUCACACACACCUGCUCACACACACACUCUCACACACACCUGCUCGCGCUGGAUGAACAGACAAAUAUGCACACAAUGAAGAGCAUUCUUAAACAUAAAACGCUGAAGAAAAACCCUCUGGUCGGUGUGGAGACUCAGAGUAGCACUAUAGGAAUAGUGCGCUGGACUCUUCCAGAGGAAUCAGUGCAGAGUCACAACACAGCCCCCUCACCAUCCCGCAAAACCAGCGCCGUCUCCUCCACACGCUCACAGCCAAAACAGAGGCAGCAGAGUCUGAAGGAUCUCCGCAGCCUUCAGGAGUGUAUUCAGUUCCUCAACUGCUGGAAGCUACAGGUGGCAGAAGUGUGUAAGAAGGAUAACAGUGCUGGGGAAGGAUGCAGUACGUGGGUCGGUGGUGCAGCAGAGAGAUGGGAAGACCCCCGGACCGAGCGCAGUCUGGAGGAGAGCCGUAAACUCAUCCUGCAGUGGGCUGAUGAACUCAACAGCGUCGACAGGUUGUGUAAAGACAGUAGAUGGAUGAAGCAGAGGUUUGAGCACAGUGAGGAAGAUGAGCAGCAGAAGAAGGAGGAUGAUGAUGGUGAAGUGCUGGAGGAGAGGCUGAUGGAAUGGGCCAGAGAGCUGCAGAGUGUAUCAGAGAGCUGUGGGGUGCUGGGAGAGGAGCUGGGCAAGACUCUUCGUCUGCUCGGCCUGAGGAAGAAGAGGCUGAUGACUUUAAUGCCCCUGCUGGAGUUCAUCACCUGGUCUUUACUGAAAGACGACAAAAAGGAUGUGAUUUCUCAGCUGUGGCUUUCGGCUAAGCAGCGCUCCUGGCAAGCAGGCACGCCACAAUACAUCCCAAACUCAGUUUGGAGCUGGAUCACUAGUGCAGCAGUUGACGUGAACCUCGACCCCAUGACCAACCACCCGUGGCUACUGCUGUCUGACGACUAUAAGAAGGUGCAGGAGGCCCUGCAGGAGUCCUACGUGCCGCCCAGCUCCCAGCGCUUUGAUACCUGGCCCUGUGUGCUGGGCUGGGAGGGGUACAUGCAGGGACGCAGCUACUGGGAGGUGGAACUGGCCAAUAACGGCUACUGGAGAGUGGGGGUCACCACCGCCUCCUCCAAGAGGCUCGGCCGCUGCCCCAUGAAGCCCUCCAAGGGUUACUGGACCCUGUGGCGCAGCACCAGGCAGUUCUACGCCUGCACCGACCCGGCCACGCCCCUGCCCCUCGCCCUGGUGCCCAAGAAGAUGGGCAUUUACAUCGACUACGAGGAGGGCCAGAUCUCCUUCUACAACGCCGAGAACAAAUCCCACAUCUUCACCUUCACCGGCCACUUCAGAGAGAAGCUGUACCCGCUCUUCGCCCCUCUGGACGGCAGGACUCUGAUGACCAUAUCAUCUCCAGCCAAUAGCAGUGCCUUAUGAAGAAAUACAAAAUAAUCAUCUUAAAUCCUUAUAAAUGAGCUCCUCUGAAAGAAAGACAUGAGGAGUGGAAUUGUAUUGGGCUGUGCCUAUUACUUAUUACUUAUUAAUAUUAUUUAAUUUAUAUAUAUUCAAAAAUAACUUUUUUGUCUUGUUGUAUGUUGGUUGUAAAGGCUCAUGCAUAUUUUACAAUUUAGAAUGAUUCAAAUUUUUUGUAAACUCAUAAUUGUUUAAAAGUUGCUAAUUAAAAGUUAAAAGUUGUCUUUAACGUUAUGAAUGUGUUAAAAUAUCUGAUUAAUCAUUUCACCACAUUUUACCACAGCUGAGGAAUUAGCGGGUUUAUUUAACCCUGUAAACCGUGAGUGUGAAGAAGGUAGAUUACUUUGUAUACUUUGUAAGUAGAAAGAUGGAUAAAAUCUCAUAACUAACUCUCACUCUCCUACUCUGAUUCUCUCUCUCUCUCUCUCUCUCUCUUUCUCUCUCUCUCACAGCUCUGGAAAAAAUUAAGAGAGCACUUCAGUUUCUAGGUAACUUCAGUUAUAGGUUUAUGUUUGAGUAAAAUGAACAUUGUUGUUUUAUUCUAUAAACUACAGACAACAUUUCUCCCAAAGUCCAAAUAAAAAUAUUCUCAUUUAGAGCAUUUAUUUACAGAAAAUGGGAAAUGGCUGAAAUAACAAAAAAGAUGCAGAACUUUCAGACCUCAAAUAAUGCAAAGAAAACAAGUUCAUAUUCAUAAAGAGUUAAGAAAUUAAUAUUUGGUUGAAUAAUUCUGGUGGUUUUUAAUCACAGUUUUCUUCAUGCAUCUUGGCAUCAUGUUCUCCUCCACCAGUCUUACACACUGCUUUUGGAUAACUUUAUGCCUUUACUCCUGACGCUUUUGAUGGCUGAUUAUCUGGUGGUUAGCUGGUUGAGGUGAAAGCUGCCUGUGGUAGUUGUGGUUCUUUAAAGCUCCAUUAAAGGUUUUGUGUUUGAGUUUCAUCAUGUUCAAUUUUAACGUUUUCCGUGAAACCUGUACUCAGGAGAUUAACCAUUACUAAUUUAGAAAGUGCCAAAUUACACUAAAAUAUUAUGGUAAAAAAUAAAUAAAUAAGUAAAUAGCAUAUGAAUGAUUUAAGUGUUGGUGUGGUGCAGUGGAUAACACCACUACCUGCCAGUGAACUACCAUAUUAUGUGGGAGACUGCGGUUCAAUUCCUAAUCUGGGUGACUGAAUUCCGCUCUACACCAAUAAGAGUCCUUGGGCUAGACUCCAAACACUACAUUAGCUCAACUCUACUAUUGUAAUAGGAAUAACAUUGUACAUCACCAUUGAUAAGAGCAUCAGCUAAAUACCACAAGCUUUAAAUUUCUAUUAUUAUCAUUAGCUGAUAAUUAAAUGAGUAUAACUAAAAAAGUCCGUCUAUUUCUGCACCUUCCAUUCUGAUAUAAAUAAAUACAGUAUAUUCUCUUCAUAUUUGUAUGUGUUAAGAUACAGAAUUCCAUUCCAUUUAACUAUAUUUAUGUUAUCAUAUACAGUAUCAUUCAGAGUAUUGCAUUGUCUAUCUAUCACUUUGCUGCUGUCCUGUUUUUACUGUGUGAUUGUUACUAAACUGCACUUUAUUUUAAGACUCUUACACAUCUAUACAUCUAUAUAUACCAGAUUUUUACCGUUUGUACAAUAGUGUGUUCCUGUGUGUGUUGUUCUUAUAAGCAUAAGAAAUCAAACAGUUCAUUUUAUUUCAUGUAAGGUAUUAAAGUAUAUAUUUACUUUAAUAUAUGAGCACAUCAAAAAGCACUUAGAGUAAGAGAAGGAGCAUCACUACCUCUUGUUUACUGAUGAUUAGUAGAAAGAACUCUACAGUGAUCUUUAUAUGUAUUUGAAUUGCUUAUAUUUGUACCGUAAAUGUAUAUAUUUUUAGUGCAUGCAGCUGAUUAUUAUACUAUCUCAAUAAAAAGUGUAAAUAUGUAUU